AUGUCCCGCGAGCGCUGCUGCUGCUGCCGCUGCGAGCGCUGGCCACCACCACCGCCGCUACGCUGCUGGGUACCACCUCGACCAGCUCCACCUCCUCCACCACCACCGCCUCCUCCGCUGCCGCCUCCACCGCCUCCACCUCCGCCGCCUCCACCUCCGCCGCUGCCUCCACCACCACCGCUGGCACCACCACCACCGUCUCCGCCGCUGCUGCCACCACCACCACCACCCCCGCCACUAGUCCCGCCGCCACCCCCACUCCCUCCGCCGCCACCGCCGCCACCGCCACCGCCCCCUCCAGCUCCACCCGCGCCCUUGCCCCCCUUGCGCUUGCUGGAGCGACGUCUCCCACUAGGGGUAGACGCCGCGCCGACCGACUCAAGACCAAGCAGGUCGGCAGCAGCAGCAGAGGCAACAGAGGGCAGCAAGGGGGAAGGAGAGCACCCCUCAAAGAUGGGGAACUCAGCAGGAAGGGCGGCGCGGUAG